UGGAUGCAGAUCGGCUUGGUGACAUAAAGGAUGACCGAAGCGGGCGUAGGGAACAUGUGGCAGAGUUGUAUGAGGGCGACGAAGACCAGGACCAGGAUGCUAGUUGACACCUGACAUGCAUGUGGACCAUAUGCUAGGUCGGAUACCAAGUUUUCGAAAAUAGCUUUAUUCUAGAAGACCCAAGUUUAGGGGUGUUGGAAGGAUAUAUUCGGCAACUCUGGAUUUGCAGACUUCAGGGAUUAGGCGAUAUUUGGAUGCAUUGGCUCCUCAUAUUUUGUCGGUACAUGAUGCUUUGCCUGAUAGUGGGUGACAAGUACAUGCUAAUCGAUUAUGAUGCAGCUGUAUCUGAUCAGCGCAUUCAAACAAAGCGCCACAGCCACAACAAGGUCACGCACCUACUGACAGUCCAUGUGCUCAGUGCUGGCUGCUUCUUCGAUUCAGACUUUGCAAUAAAUUCAAUACUCAUGAGCAUGGCAGGGCGUAAUACGGUCAACCUGGUCGGCAGUGACAUAUUAUCAUACAUCCUACGUAUGGCCACGGAGACAGGUAGCGACAUGAUGCAUGGAAUACAGCGACACAGACGUAUUGCAGAACUGGCAUGCACGUGCCGCAUGUGGAGCAUGAUACUGCUCCCGAGGAUAGCCAGGUCACUGGUUGUUGAACAUCUUGGCCAAGGGAAGUGGAUGACCAAUAUUGGAUUCUUUCGUUACUGGAAGUGUUCCACAUGGGCCCGAAAUCUUACACUGGCGGGCGUAAUCGACGGGAAUGCUUUGUCAACAAUGCAGACUAUGCUGCAGCGCCAGGAAUUCCAGCUAUUCGACUGGCGUAGAGUCAGAGAAAUAAGAUUUGAAACCCGAGAUCUGAGCCGUAGUCUCCUUCAUAGACGAAACCACAGCUACUACGAUGUAUGUGCGUACCUCUGCCAGCUACUACCUAAUCUGGCGACACUUGACUAUGUGGGCUGGCAUUUGCAUCCACGGUUGUUUGAGUGUGAGAUGCGCUAUUGGUUUUCGCGACUCUUGGUAUUAGGCGACGGGGUGUUUCACAUCGAUCGGUACCUUCAGCUCCACCGACUUGCUAGCCUUGCAAGCCACGUUACGCACAUUGUGGUGGAAGGCAGCUGGCUGGAUGAAGUAGGAAAUAGCGCAGCCCUACUAGCCUCGCAGUUCCGGCAUAUCCGUAUAUACAACAUCAUCGGAGAGAUAUCGUGGCGGGCAUUUGCUGGCACAGGACAGUCUCAAGCAGUUGAGUUCACUAACCUUGAAGGACUUGAGCUAUACGGCUUUUACAGUACAGACCACAAGGUAUCAGUAGUUGACGCAGGGCUUGCCUUGCGCUUCCCAAGGCUCCAGACACUGGACAUCAGUCAAUCGUGUCGUCUCUACAGUGACUUGUACUCUAUGUUUCAUGAUUUUGCUCCAGCUACUCUGAGAGUCUGGGAGCGGGCAGCAGACUUUCAGCGGAUCAACCCUCGGAUCAUGCGUGCUGCCAAAACGUUGAACCUGCAGAUUGGUGCCAAGAUGGUGCCUAGAGACUUACAUAUCGCUGAUCUGGCAUCGAUUGAUGCUCACCUGAGAGGCCACAGGUUCAUGGCCUACCUGCAGUCGUCCAAUCUCCGGCAUCUCACUUUAGGCGUUCUCUCGUGCCACUAUACAUUUGUCGAGGAGCUCCUUGGCCGGCUGCCUUGCCUUUGGUAUCUCAGAGUCGAAUGCAGCUGUGACAUAGUCUCGGAGAGAGAAUCAGGUGAUGAUUAUGAGCCAGUUGAGCCAUUGGAGUUGUCGUCGAGAAUCGGCGUGCUGCCGUGUCUCCAGGAAUUCAUCUUUCGGAAGUAUCAUAUCUGGACACCCUGCGACUAUGAGUGGAUCCGGCAGCUUGUCCUCUGCUCGCCAUCACUUCUCAAGCUGAGUAUCCCAGGCACUCCCGCUCGUGACCUGUCUGAUAUCUGCAUGUCGAUCAGCAGGUCUGUAGAAGUACUGGACAGUGGCGAGCUGUACAUCGGAGACAGCAUGUAUGAAUUCUUUUAAAGGCGCUUUAUAUAGCCUCUGGAGUGUAUAUGCUACCGUUUACUGCCUCUGCUCUGUAGCUCCAGCAAUGACCAUGGCAUACACUGGCCAUUUCCAGCGAAUUAACGUGUAGUCAUUUUAUCUUGUGUGCUGUGCC